GGAUUGUAAAACGGAGGAUCGAAGAAAGAGGCAAGAACAAGAGUACUCGACUUCGAAUCGAGUUCUUCGAAACGAAAAUUGCGUAGUUGUCGCGAACAGAUGAUUUGGUGCGCACACUCCCGCGCGUUCCCUUUGUGUUAUUUUCGGGCGGAAUCACCGUUCGAAGCUUUAAAUAGGACCGACUUUCCGACAAAGAAGACAGUUUACAACAUCGAUUCUACAUGCUGGAGCAUCGCAGAGUAUUCACCAUGCCUUCGGAAUGCAUCGCCAAUCCAUUGCAGCGAGAGCUAGCCGAUGCUAUAAUUCGAUUGCAAUCGCUCGACGAGAUUCGAAUCCUGCUGGCCUGCGGAGCAAAGGCGAACGAGCCUGUAACGCAGGGUUUGAGACCGUUGCAUUACGCCGUGUGGCAAAGGUACACGGAAGCGGCUCAGUUGUUGCUGGUACGUGGCGCGGACAUCGAUGCGACCGACGAAUGUGGCUAUUCGGCGUUGCAUCUUGCUGCUGAACAUGGUUAUUUGGAUUUAGUAAAAGUAUUGCUCGAGCAUGGUGCCAAAGUCGAUCAUAGACCGGAAACUGGAGAACUUUUUCCAAGGACAACUUUGUGCGACGAACCGCUGCGGCUCGCUUUGAGAAAUCGUCACGUAGAGGUGGCCAGAGUUCUGCUGGAAGCUGGCGCGAAUCCGAAUAAGAGAUACUUUUUCGGAUCGGAAAUUAAUCUGGUCUCUCCGUUGGAUCUGCAAUGUAUGGAGUUGUUGUUAGCGUUCGGGGCUCAACCGAAUACGCGGGAUCGCGCUGGACUCACACCGUUGAUGAAAGCGGCGAGACUGCCACAGGGUAUAGCUUCGGUGCUGCUUCUGCUGAGCUAUGGAGCUGACGUUAAUUCGAUGGCCGAUUCGCGACACGACUACCGGACUGUUCUGCAUUACGCGAUCCUCGGCGGCGAUCCGACGGUGAUCGAUCUGCUGCUAAAGCAAGGCGCUCGUCUCGAUCUCGGACCCGAGUAUCAGAAACCCACGGCUCUCGACCUGGCCAUUUUGAAAGGAGAUCCCUCGAUAGUACAAAUGCUGUUGAAAUCGGGUGCUGACGUAAACGCUACCUCGCCGAUCAUCGGAUCGCCUCUACACGUUGCCUGCGCGGACAACAUUCCGAAUAGACUGGAAAUCCUAUCGAUGUUGCUGGAACGAGGAGCGGACCCGAACUUGGUGAUACGCAGCGACGAAGGUCCUGCGUUGAGACCGGUUCUCGCAGAAUACGUCGCUUCGAACGAGAAUCCUUCGGUCGAGGUGGUAGCCCUUUUACUCAAAUACGGGGCAAGAGUUGUCAUCAAGACUCAGUUCCGCGACCCUCACGGCAUAUUGAACUCUCUUCAGAACACGGCGGAUAAGCCACGAUUGCUGAAGGCGUUGUUGGAAGCGGCAGAAAGUUUCGAUCCUUGCAUGAUAAGAAGAUCGAGUAGUUUGACAGAUGCACAAAAAGCACUUGUGAUGGAAGCAGCACGGACUCCAUUGCCCUUGACUCAUCAAGCCAGGCUAAUAGUUCGCAAACUUUGCGGUACUAAAUUGCCGAAAAUUGUUCGUACGCUACAAUUACCUCAGUCGCUGCAUCGCUAUCUCCUUUACGAUUUUCACUGAUCGUCGUCGGAUCCAAUCGACGUUUCGUUGCGGCUUUCUGUUCGCAACACGAUCGUAUCGUAUCGCACAUGGCGCAAGCGUGCUAUUGUUUCUUCUCCUUCUUCGUUGCGCUCGGUCACCAUCGCUGCCUCUCUCGUCGACUCUUUCGUCGCUGCGUUGUUCUCGCUAUUCUUGUCUAGUCGUUGAUACGAUUCGUUUGAAAUUAUCGGUUCGCAUGUCAUGCCUAGCAUGUUUAAGGAAUAUAUGCAUUUCGUUCGAACGUAUUUCUGACCGUGCUUCACGAAUAUAGCGAUCGAUGUCAACCGGCGCAUCUUUUCAUUCUGAGCCUGAGCGUUCCUCGAUGUGCUAUCCAUUUGACCGGAAUUACGAAAAAAGAUACAGAGUCGAAUUCUAUUCCCAUGAGGGUAUAUAUUUUCAUUUCGGAUAGAUCUUUCAUUUGCGUCAUGAUUGAAAAUCGUGUUCGUGAUUUUUACGUACACGCCGCUAUUCCCUUUCCUAUCACCGACUUGUCCAUUAAACUUUUGUAUAUUUAUCUAGCACGCGCCCUAAUAUUUGUAAAUUUGUAUAUCCGCGUAAAUAAAAUAAGGGCCUGAAUAGCGCGGAUGUGUGUGUACGUUUGUCGUAUACGUAGCCGUUCUUAUACAUAUACUUACACGUGUCAUUGUAUAUACAUGUUUUGCACACUUGUGGUGCUGCAUAAGAUUUACGAGGUGAAAUAAAAUAAACGAUAUCUCCGUGUUA